GUCGUCCGAAGCCAGGGCAGGGCGAGCCCAACCUCCGCAGCCACCGCCAAGUUUGGCCGCGCCGCCGGGGCUGCUGUAGCCGCACCAUGUCCGCGGCCGCCUACAUGGACUUCGUGGCUGCCCAGUGUCUGGUUUCCAUUUCGAAUCGCGCUGCAGUGCCGGAGCAUGGGGGCGCCCCGGACGCCGAGCGACUGCGACUACCUGAGCGCGAGGUGACCAAGGAGCACGGUGACCCGGGGGACACAUGGAAGGAUUACUGCACGCUGGUCACCAUCGCCAAGAGCUUGUUGGACCUGAACAAGUACCGACCCAUCCAGACCCCCUCGGUGUGCAGCGACAGUCUGGAGAGUCCCGAUGAGGAUAUGGGAUCCGACAGCGACGUGACCACCGAAUCUGGGUCGAGUCCUUCCCACAGCCCAGAGGAGAGACAGGAUCCUGGCAGCGCGCCCAGCCCGCUCUCCCUCCUCCACCCUGGAGUGGCUGCGAAGGGGAAACACGCCUCCGAAAAGAGGCACAAGUGCCCCUACAGUGGCUGUGGGAAAGUCUAUGGAAAAUCCUCCCAUCUCAAAGCCCAUUACAGAGUGCAUACAGGUGAACGGCCCUUUCCCUGCACAUGGCCAGACUGCCUUAAAAAGUUCUCCCGUUCAGAUGAGCUGACCCGCCACUACCGGACCCACACUGGGGAAAAGCAGUUCCGCUGUCCACUGUGUGAGAAGCGCUUCAUGAGGAGUGACCACCUCACAAAGCAUGCCCGGCGUCACACUGAGUUCCACCCCAGCAUGAUCAAGCGAUCGAAAAAGGCGCUGGCCAACCCAUUGUGAGGUGCUACCAUGGCAGCCAGGGAGGGAUGGACCACAAAGGACAAAACUACUCCCAAGAAACAGGUGGACACGUGGAAACCCAGCCCCAGAAGAGUUACGCUGACAGCAGGAGGUCGCUGCUCUUUGGUCAAUAUUCUGAUUUUUCCUCUCCCUGUGUUCUUUUUUAAAAAGCACAUGGUAGCGGGAGAUCAAAGUCAACACUUGGUCCCCUUGCAGAGGCAACUCUUGAACUGUCUCUGACUGCUGGAGGGAAGGCGAAUGCUUUUGGUUGUUUGCUCCUUUACCUUGGGGGGUGCGGGUGGGGAGCACAGGAAGGCCAAGACUGGGGUAGGAUUUCCAAUUCACACUGGUGUACAUAUGUCUGACUGGGUGAGUUGACUUGUGGCAUCACACAGCGAUCCUGGGCCUUUAUGCUUGCUGUCUCAGAAUUGUUUUCUUACCUUUUAAUGUAAUGACGAGUGUGCUUCAGUUUGUUUAUUAGCAAAACCACUCUCUUGAAUCACGUUAACUUUUGAGAUUAAAAAGAAAAAACUCCAUAGCACAGCUGUCUUUAUGCAAGCAAGAGCACAUCUACUCCAGCAUGACCUGUCAUCUAAAGACUUGAAAACAAAAAAGUUACUUAUAGUCAAUGGGUAAGCAGAGUCCGAAUUUAUACUAAUCAAGACGAACCUACGAAAGGUUACACUUAAGUACGGAACUUUUCAACCUUGCUUUGUAUGGAUUGUACUUUUUGAAUA